UUAGAAAAAUCUAUAAGAUAAAUGAUUAGAAAAAAAAAAUGGGCACGUAUAUAUGGAAUGGUUAAACAAGUGUAAAUGUUACGAUAGUUUUGUCAUAAACGUCAAAAUUUUAUACGUGUACGCUGCGAACACGUACGAGUUUAAGGAUGUAACUUCUCGACAGAAGAGACACGAUUAACAAACGAGGAAUACGCAAUUUCUCUGACGAGGCACAUUUUGUCAGCAUUUGUAUACAUUUCUGUUUGUAUACAUCAAUUUAUUGAAAUUUGUUUCCUGCUACGUUGUCGCAAGUGUAACGUUAUAAUCCAAACAAUUUCGGAAAUGAUUGGUUCGAGAUUCUCGGGAUUAUCGGUCUGCGGCAUCAAACCCAUCCACUCCAUAAGUUUUACACUUGAAGGUGUUAAGAAAAAGUGGGAGUUGAUACCGCUCGUCUUGCUCAACGUUUGCAUGAUGGUCGUCAUACCCUCCAUGGUCUACCAUAGAUUCUUCGUUAGUACGAUUGACAUUCAGCCGACCGCUUAUCAAAGAUUCGAAAUUCCGUCGGUACCGAGAUUUUACGACCUGCGGAAUCCUCGUAGUUUGAAGUUGAUUCAGUUUAAACCAUGGAAGCCGGCCAUUCAUCUCGACAAUCGCUACAGAUUGAUGAGACACGAACCGAUGUUAGAUGCCGACGGCAACGAGACCGAUGUGAUAGGAAAAGAUGAUGAUUGUUAAUUGAGAAGAGAGAAAAAAAUCGUAUAAUUUUAAUGGCCUCAGAUUCAAAUACAAUUAUUUGCGUUACAAUGCGUUGUAACGGCGUUAACGGUAUUUUAUGACAGGAGGAAGAAUUUCUUAAGUCAAUAAAAAGAGAUUUAAUCUGACAAGAUGUCAUUCUCGUUGCGAAUAUUAUUUGCAAAAGACGUCAAUCGGACCGCAGUAUCACACGGAACAAAUGCAUCGGAGCCCGAGAGGGAAAAAGGAAGGAAAGGCGUA